AUGGAUAUUCCAAAGUAAUUAUUGGUCUUUGUCAAUCCAGCUAGCGGAAAAGGACAUGCUUUGAAAGAAUGGAAUAAAGCAAAAUCCAUUCUUGAUAAGUUCAAUAUAAAAUAUCAAGUCAUUUUAACAUAAUCUCAAAAUCAUUGUCACCAUUAUUUAUUAAAAGAAGAUCUUUCAAAUAUCUAUGGAGUCGUACUUGUAUCUGGAGAUGGAUUACCGCAUGAAGCUAUCAAUGCUUUGUAUGCAAGAUAAGUUUGAGAAUAAAUAUCUUAAUCUAUUACCUUUGGAGUAAUUCCAGGUGGAAGUGGAAUGCAUUUGCUAAACUCUUAAGCAAAUUAUCAUAUUUGGAAUGUAAACCAGAAAGUUGUGCACUUCUAAUUGCCAAAGGAAUCACAAG